AUGCUGAUCGAAGAAGAAGAGGUGUCUAAAGAUGUAGAGGCUGCAGAAACAUUACUGAUUAUGAAAAGCUCAAAGCCAACGAGGGAAGAGUAUCGGAGACUUAGGUUACGUAUGCUUAAUCAUGCGGAGUGGAGAAGGUCUUUUCGAAGAAACGAAAGCUCGAGCUCGACGACGAUUGCUACUGGUUCUUCUACCGUCGACAUGGAGUCUAUGCAUAAAGAAGAAGACCUUAAUGACACUAGAAACUUACAUAAUCUCCCUCCUAGGUUUCCUCUCAAGGAACGGAAAUCUAAGAAGGCAAAAGGCAGUACAGAACCUUUUAAGUCCCAGGUAAGAAACCCGACGCCAGAGUGGCUGAUCAGGUUGAUGAGAGAAAAGAACGAUGGAGACGAGGAAGACAAUUCAAAGAAGAUUAUAGAUAAAGCAUUGACCAAAACGGAUGUGGUUGCAAACAACAAUCGUCUCUCGAUACCUAUCAGCCAAAUUGUGGAGUUGGAUUUCUUGAACCACGCGGAAGAACUUAUCAUUGAAAAUGAUGCCAAUAGGCUUCCUAAAGUAGGAGUAAACGCGAUACUCUUGGCUACUUAUCGAACUGAAGUUAAGGAAUAUAUCAUGAGACUGAAAUUAUGGAUGAUGGGGGACUGUCCUGUAUACAAUUUGGUUACAAAUUGGAAUCAAGUGGUUAAAGAUUUCAGUCUAGAGAGUAAAGAUCAGAUCAGCCUCUGGUCUUUCCGCUCCGAAGACCAACUCUAUUUCGUUAUCGUUCCUUUCUCCGCCGAGUGA